UGUUCCUUAUGAUGCUAACCAGUGCGUGUGUGUUUUAUGUAACCCACGAGAAUGAUAGGCCUGCUAUGUUGGGCAGGCAUGCCUAGUGUAAAGACACUGUCAUAUUGGAGGCUAACCAAGGAACGACUGCAGUGAAGUGAUCUUAGAUUAUAUUUUAGACUUUAAAGCUGAUUCCAGGUCCAAUUACGAUUACACUGAAUGCUAAUUUGUUUGAACAGUGGAUAGCCAGGGGGUCGUUGGAUGUUCGUGGUUGAAUCUAGGACUAUAUCGCCUAGAUAUUAUUCAGCGAGUCCUUCGAUAAACGAGUCUAGAGGAGCUAAAGUGAAAAUUAUUCUAAAUAGGCUGUUUGUGAUUGUAAACACCCGAAGACAUUGCUCCGGUAUGAUACGGCAGUGAACUGUGCUUGGACAGUAGUUUAAACUUUAUAAUAGAUUAUGAUAGAGUUUGAAAGAAAAGGUCAGUCUGGUCGGUGGACUGUACAAUUUACUUGGAUUUUUAAUAUCUUUACCGUAAACCCAGGUUUUCAAUAAAAAAAUAUGAAUCAUCCCUUGAAGCCGAAUGGCUGCGACUAUUUGUUGUCAUUUAGAGACUGUUGUGUAGGUCUUUUUUUUUUUGGUAUUUUUAUAGAUUUUUAAUUUUUUCUUUUUGAAGAAAUUAAGUAGUUUGCUACUGUUGUUCUAAUGUCAUUUUAAACAUUUCCCCGCAGUGAGCCAGCAGUAGUAGCAUUUGAGGAUUAAGGCAUUUCAGAUAUUAUCCUCCGUAUCUUGCUGUUACGAUAGCUUUUGCAAAGAUGUGCCAAUCCUUUUGUUUUUAAUCAUACAUAGAUUCAAAGGAAUUGGGUUUAGGUGAUUAUUCUAUUGAUUGAUUGUUCAUUAAUUACACGUUCAGGUAUUUUAUAUACUUUAUUUCUGAAGCCCUGACUGACGGUGUUUUUAUGAUUUUUAAAUAGAAAUUGAUGUGCAUUUCUGGGCUUUGUAAAAUACACAUAAACCAGGAAAAAGCCACUAUUGUAAUGGCGCAGUUUUUCUGAUUUCUUGCUCUGGGAUGCCAUCUAGUGACGAAAAAACUAAGCCGAAUGACGAUGCUAGUGACCAUUGCUUAUAAAUAUAGAUGGGUUUUGUCAACAUCCUUCUGAGUUUGAUUUCGUUGGAUUUGUAGUCAUGUGGAUUUGCAGGCCUGUUUGUUGUGGGACAAUGGAAUACAGAUUAGACAACACUGAUAAAACUUUCUAAGAAGUAAUGUUUUGUUCAAUUAUGCUUCCCUCAUCGGCCUCUUUGUUUUUGUGUGAUUUGAUUUUUAGGCAUCAUUUUUAAGACCUACAUUUUAUACUACAGUAGGUAACCCCCUCUAUAUGUGCAAUUCGUUAGUCUUAGCUGUAGUGCCAUUUAGGAUAUUAGGACAACAAUGCUUUCCUCUAUUUCUAGUUAACUGACAUUGCACAAUGCGCUAUUUGGUUUUAAUCCCAUAUGAUGCCAGCAAAACGUUGUUUUAUUUGGUGUUGGCCAGUUGUAACAUUAGUUUACCUACACGAAUACACACUUAUGAAAUCUUAGUCGCACCCUACUUUACAGAAACGAAAAAGAUACAGGGAUGAAAGAGGUAAGACUCUAGUGAGGAAACAUUUAUUAUACAAUGUACGUUUUAUACGGAAAGCACGGGCCUUGUUAUUGUGAGUUUCAAAACCCAAUUACCUAUUUAAACUCCCGCUGCACAAUCCACUCAUAUGAGACCUAGGAGAUCAUGGUAUUUUUUAGGCAAAUUCGUCAAUAGUUAACGUUGUGUGAUUUGUAUUUUCGUUUGAAUAUUUUUUUAAGUAAAUAUCUAGACUUAAAUUCAUAUGUUGGAAAAAAUGGUUUAACUUGAUGAUCAAUUAUUUUAAUGACCCUUAAAUGGAUUAAGCUAUCGAAUUCCAAUGUCAGUGCUCUCAACUGCUUCUAUUGGGUAUCAGUCUGCUUGAAGGUCAUUCUGCUUUACUUUCAGGUUCUAAAUUCUCCUACCUGGGUACAUGCACAACUUUGAUAUUUGAUUUUCCUGCUACAUAAACUUUUAUUUACAUUUUCGUUGAUGUACACUUUCAAUCUGAUUUGUUUUUCUCCCCAAUUUAUUUACAAUUGCAUAAGUGAAGGUUUACGCUGAUAGGGUGUAUAUAUAAACUAUAAUAAUAUUGUUUAUAUUUUAAUAUAUUUUUUUUAAUAUAGCAAUGCCCAUAUCCAGUGUUUAGAAAAAGAAAUCACGGGACUCUGGUGCUGUUGGUAAUUGGUUUUUCAUACUGUAAAUGUCCACACGAACACCACGCGGUUGAGAUUAAUGGUGGUUAUCAGUGAUUUUUUUAUGUGCUUUUCUUCGUUAUUUAGAUUUAAAAGUUGUACAUCGGUAUAUUUUAACGCAUUCUUAAAGAAAAACUUUGCGGGACAUCAGCAGAAGUGUUAAUGGAAUAGAUAUCAAAUAUUAUAAAAACCCAGUUUGAGUCCCAAGAAAGUCUCACGUCUAUUGUGUAUUUUUCUCUAUGUUAGUUAAUAUAACUAGAAUCUCCUAAAUCAGAGAGGUUUUAUAUGCCUUGGGGAUUCCAUCCCAUGCAACAAGAGCUCCCCCUCCCUAAAACGCUCUUCUGACAGAGAUGCUCACGAUUGGCCAGACCAUGAUCAGCUGGUGCGUCUCCGAGCGCGCUCACAUUGGCACCUCGCCACCCCCCCUCCGGCUAAAACCAAACCACAGAUAAAGUAAUGGCAAAGCACACUUGGACUAUAAAACACAACAAAUCAUAAACCCUCGGACAAGAACCGUGGCCACCCAAUGAGUUCCUACUUCGUCAACUCAACUUUCCCCGUGUCUCUGCCCGGGGGACAGGAGUCUUUUUUGGGUCAGAUCCCGUUAUAUUCCUCUGGAUAUACGGACUCUUUAAGGCACUACCCGAGUGCUGCGUUCGGAUCCACCAAUGUACAGAAAGAGGUGUACACGCCCUCGUACUACCAGCAGGCUGCGGGUGUUUUCGGGAGGAAUGGCACGGGCGCAUGCGACUACACCGCUGACCGCGCGUGUGCUCUCGGAGGGCUGGAGGACUCGCUGGUGCUGAGCCAGGAGCAAUGCAAGACAGACUGCACCGAGCAGAGCUCAGACAGAUACUCUUACAGUGAAGACAAGCCGUGCGCACCGGUCUACCCGUGGAUGCAGAGAAUGAACUCAUGUAACGGCAUUCCUGGCAACACUGGCCGCAGGGGUCGUCAGACCUACACUCGCUUUCAGACUCUCGAGCUAGAGAAGGAGUUUCAUUUUAACAGAUAUUUGACCAGAAGACGCAGAAUCGAGAUCUCGCACGCACUUUGUCUGACAGAGCGGCAAAUAAAGAUUUGGUUCCAGAAUCGUAGAAUGAAGUGGAAGAAGGAGAACAAAGUGAUGAACUCUGCAAAGGCCAGCGAGGAAGAGGAUGAUGGCAAGGCGGGAUAGACUUUAAUAGAUAUGCAGAUAUGCUAAAUCGUACAAGCAAGUCCAGCAUUUUCACCCCCCCUUCACAGUGUGUAGCCUGUAGUAUUCCCAUGUAGAUGUAUAAAAUGUACCCAACAGAAAGCAGCUACCUUUUUAAGGCUUUUUUGAAACGCGAAAGCUACAAACAGAGACCAUCAGACGGCUUUGUGGUUCCAAACCAGGCAUCUUUAUUAUUCUCAGUAAUGGUUGAGUUGGGGAAAAAACGGGACAGUUCGGCCACCAAAUGUGUUUUUUCUGCUUCUAGGCCAGUUUUAUUACCUGGUAGAAAACGAAUGGCUACAUUUCCAGUACCGUUAUUUUCACCUUCUUUUACAGUGACCUAAAAAAACGAUGGGGGAGUAAGGGUUGAAGAGGGAUAAGCUGUGGUUUAAAACUGAUGUGUUUAAAUGCUCGCUCUCAUGCUUAAUUUAUUUCGUUCGUCACGUUUUGUGUAUGUGAAUGCACUAAGAACAAUGCAUUAGUGAACUUUGUUAGCAAUGCCUUUUUGUCAAUAAAAUAAAUGUUUAACAAUGUU